AUGAAGAAAAGUGUUGACAAGAUGGUGGAAGAGCUGAAAGAAACAGCAAGUAAAGAUGAUGGUGAAGGUGAACAGAAGAAUGAAGAAGUGAAAGAAAUAGAAGAUGAAGAGAAUUUGAAAAAGAAAGAAGAAGUUGAUGAUGAUAAACAGGAGAAAGUUGAUGAGAAACUGGUUGCUGAAGCUGUCACUGAGGAACAGCUGGUGAAGGAAACAAAUCAGAAGCAGAGGGCAGAAAAAGCCGAGGUGCCAACUGUUGAGUGCAAGAAAUGCAUGGAAACGGGCAGUGCUUAUACUGAAAAAGAUGAAAAAUUCAGAACAAGAGAUACAGAACUUACGAAAAUUGAAAUACUUUUCAAAGAUAAAUGUAAAGAAAUGUUUGAAAAUGAAAAGGUUUUGAAAGAUAACGAUGAAAAGUUGACACAAAAAUGA